CGAAACUUCCCAACAGUACACCAAAGACGGCACUGACACAGCACUCGGGUGAUUGCAAGAGUCUUCGUUACAGCUUCCUGUGGCCUUGACCGGGAAGCUUCCACGCCUUGCAUCGCGACGCACUAAACACCGCCCGCCUCUCUCUGGCACCCCCAAACGCAGGCGGUGAUUGGGCAGUGCAAAUGUCUCAAAUCCCCUCGUCCACCGAGCACCGGUUGAGCACAUUUUGUCACUUGCGCUAACGUUAAAUGGAGGAACGUCCCUGCGAAGGGUCAACCGGAGUAUAUAUCAGUCAUGGAGCAGAGAACGGCCCUGAUCGAUCGAACAUAUCGGUAAACAAUGAUCAGAACCACAGUAAGUUCCAGAACGAGAAAACGCAGACGAAGAAAACAGAAAAUGGCAAAAUAAAUGGAACUCUGAAGGAGGGAGAGGUGACUCCCGCUUCCUUUAACCCAGACAUCUCCCUGCACCCUGCGAACAGCAAUGGCGAUAGACACCUGCUAGACAUCAACUUGAAACAGAAGCCCACUCGACGGGCCUUCACCACUGACUCAACAGGGGACAGAAAAGGUAGAAACACUAGCAGAAACAGCAUGGACUUCAAAAAUGACAAGUCCUCAGAGUUGAACACGCUUGAGGGCAAAAAAGAGGCUUUGGCUACUCUGAACGGUGUGGUGUCUCUCAACUCUGUACCACUUACCAACGGUUACCCUAGCACACCCGGAGCUGACAAUGACGGCAGUGGCUCAGAGAGUGGAUACACUACUCCCAAGAAGCGCCGGGCCCAGAGGAAUGGCAAAGCCGGGGACAAUGUGACUGCUUCUACCCAGGGAAAAGCCAUGCAACAGGGUGGCAAACAAGACCACGGGCCUGUGGCGCCGGACUCGGCCUCUGGCUCUCAGGUGGAGAGUGGCAGAACUGGUUCAAAAGUUGAGCUGCACUUAAAAGCCAAGGAACCACCUGCCUCCGCCACCCCACCUCCUCUGCCGGUGGCUGAACUUCAGCGUAAAAACUCAGACAGCAAAGUGGCUGGCAAACGGUUUGAGGAUCGCUCCAGCAAGGUUAAGGUGGCUACCUCCACCAAAGAGGACUCAUGGACCUUGUUCAAGCCUCCACCUGUCUUUCCUGUGGACAAUAGUAGCGCUAAGAUUGUGCCUAAGAUCAGUUAUGCAAGCAAAGUGAAGGAGAACCUCAAUAAGACUGCCCAAGCUGGCGGGGAGGCUCUCACUCCUGCUCCCCAGGUGCCUGGGAGACCGCCACAGGUCCCCAUGUCUGCGGUGAAAACCAUCACCUCGGCUAGCUUUACCAACGGUCCCCUGCCGGGGGAAGGGAAUGGCUGUCCCCUGCCCGGCCCCCAUUUCAGCGCUGGUCCUCUGCUGGUGACCCUGGCUGUUGCCGCUGAGAAUGUAGCAUCUCCCCCUGGUAGCGGCACUUCGGCCGUUGGAAGUUCCACAACCUCUGUGGCUGAGCCCAGGAAGCCCAGUCUGUUCGUUUACCCCGUCACCCCCUCCAAUAUGCAACUCUCGCUCCCUAGCGGCCGCCAAGCCGAUCCCCCUGCUGCUCCAACAAAUCAGAAGUCUCUGGGGGAAAUUUUUCAGAAUCAGUGGGGCUUGUCCUUUAUCAACGAGCCUAGCGCCGGACCAGAGGGCGUGGCGUGCCACUCCAACGGAAAGGAGGUGCCAGUGGAGGUGAGCUUUCAGGGAGGCUGUCCUGCUACAGGAGGCUGUUCUGCUACAGUGGCCACUCAGACUUCCAGUACCUCUCAGAGACCGGAUCAACAACCACCCUUCCCCAAGGCUCACGAGCCAGACAAAUGGAUUAACGUUCAGAAUCUGAGUCGAGGUGCGAGCGGCGGUGCCAAGGCGGCAAGCGGGGCCAUACCCGAGAACUCUGUCCUCAGCCUGGAUGCCCAGAGAGAUGAGACGGGGGUUCAUGGUGCAAUAGUGUUUUGUUCUUCCUCUAAGGACAUUUGUGCCGAGCUGCCUCCCACCUCCCCAGCUGCCCCUAAGGUGGCUUCGGCCAAGGACCAGGGCCAUACUAAGGGCUUUGACAGGAGGUCUAGUUGGGGGUCGUUUGAUCUAAAAGCUGCUGUAAUUUAUCACACUAAAGAAAUGGAAUAUAUUUUGAAUUUGCAAAAACAAGAUCCAAAUCGAGCAGUCCUCUACAGUGAGUCAUGGGACGGACCUGCUCAGUGAAGCUGUGUCUGGACACUAUAUCUCAGAUGAACUCUGCUGCAAAAAGAUGUGCUUGAGGAACAUGGCUGCUGCCUCUGAACAUCCUGAAUCAGAACUAAUCCAAUGGUUUAGAAAGGACCUUGUUACCCGUCAGCAGUCAAGGCUGAGCGCAGAGGAACAGAGUGCGCUUGGGAAAACGGGUUAGCUGGUUUUAGAAUAUUAGAAUGGAAGAACAGGAGCUGUGGAACUCAACUCUAAUGCGGAUAUGUUGCUGAAGACAAUUUCGAUGACUUAGGGGACAUACAACUCACACGUCAAACACUCAUGAUAACCCUGUCAUGACAUUUGGUUGGGCGGAAGCUUCUCCUUUAAGUACUCACAGACCUAAGAGAGUGUCCAGGAGGGAAGCAUGUCACCAUGUGUGCCCUCUUGAAUUCAAAUAAUCAUGUAGUGGUCACAUUGAAUUCAUUUGGGCACAGAACCGAAGAGUGUCGCUCUACAGUGAAUUAACAUACUGUGGCCAGAGGAACUACAUGGCUUUUUUGUUUUUUGGAGAUUCAGGGGAAUCGGACUCCAUUUAUGUGUGGGGGACGGUUAGUUCAAGCCUUUGGGAUUAAAUAAUUGUCUUAAUUUAAUUUCUGGACAAUUUUGGAUCAGUCCUGUUAGUGACGCGUCUCCACUUCGUUUGUUUUGUUUGUUUUUUUUUUUCUUCCUUCUUUUUCUUUUCAUUGAAAUACUUAACCUGCCCUGGGAGUUUUUAUGAGGUACACUCGGAUUGGGAAACCACACGCCCUGUAGUGUGCAUGUGCAGUAUGCUGCUCUGUGCGUCCUCUUUUGGAAGAGUUCAAAGUGCUAUCGUUCAAUAGUCUUAUUGUCGUCUCUUCACGCUUCUGUCACCUGACAGCCAUUCGAGUCUCUUGCUCAUUGUGUGAGUGUGUAAACGGAGGACAGAGAUCACGCUAUACUCUUUUAUCUUGAGUGUUUUAUGUUUUUAAUUUUUAAGUAGAUGUUAGAACCCAGAACUAAUAAAUAAGCUGUGCCACACCACACAGUUGCUUUAGCUUCAAUGCUAAUAGGUACAUUACGGAGGUUUUAGUUAAUUUUGGUUUUGUUCUGUAGAGCUGCUCUUCGAAAUAGGGUUUUGUUUUUGCCCGGAAAGGCAAUAGCGACUACUUUUGCUUCAUUUGGGACUAGAUCACAAUUUAGAGGGAACCUAGAGAGCAAUCGCUGGCGAAUGAUGCGGACUUUUUAUUUCACUCAAGAGUCUAGAAGCCCCUAGUUUUUUUUUUUUUAUUGAGCACCACAAUCACACUUUUAUGCUUUUUAUUUCUUGUAUGUUUUAAUUUGUACCUGGGUUUCCAUGCUUAUCGGUUAAGCGCUUGCUAAAGCACAUAUGAGCCUCAUCAAUAGAACCGCCGUUAACAGGAAUUCUGCCGUUGUGUACAUGUUUCUCUUUCUAAUGUCAGAAAAUGCAUUCUUAACUUACAGUCUAUCCUCUGUUUUAUCAUUUCACAGAUUAAUUGAUUUAUACAUAAGAAUCAGUAGCACUUUAUGUAUUAUGUUCUUGAAUUGUAUUUCCUUAAACAUUGACAUAUCAGUACAUAUUUGAAAUUCUAGUAAUUAAUCAUAGGCUACUAACUUUAACCUCUACCUAAGGACUGUCGGUCCGCAAUCUCAAAAGAAAAUAAAUAUAAAAAAAA